GGGUAAAUGACACUGCGUUACGGCUUUGUUUUUUGUCCAAAGUGCAGGGGUAUUCUGUGUUAUUGGAAAAUUGAACUUUUCCAGUUGAGACUGCAACGUUAAGGAAUCAUGAAGUGUGCACAGAAACGGAAUCAGAGAGAAAUUGCUCCAAAGUCAACUGGUGUAUCAGGCGAGGAAAAAAAGGUUUCUCACCUUCAAACGAAGAAGGAAAGGCGUGGAAAGGGAAACUCUUGUCGUUUGUCCUACGUUGAGGUUAUUGCCAACGCCAUUCUCAGCUCACCAAGAACACAGAGAACCUUGUCCGAGAUCUACAGCUUCAUUCAACACAACUAUCCCGAAUUCACCGAAAACAGAGUGCGAUGGAAGAACACAGUCCGCCAUAAUCUGUCGCUUCAGGAAUGUUUUCAGCGGGGUGAAGUUGCUUACAACAAGGGUGGAUGUUACUGGGGGAUUCAUCCCAAAUUCUUGCCCAAUUUUAGUCGAGGGGAUUUUACAAGACGCCCGCCAGCUCCGACUCCACAGAUUGUAAUGCAAAGGGGAUAUCUACCCUUCGAAAAUGAUCAUUUUUCGGCACCCAACCAAGUCUUCCACUGCAAUUUUUGUGAGCUGCCUCCCUCACUUUCAUCGUAUGGUGAAAGGAUGAUUCAUGGCACUCGGGCUGUAAACGGAUGUGCACCGUAUAGGCAGCAUCCCUAUUUUUCUUGGGACCAUUGUAUGUACUAAAAAUCUUUAGACCUCCAUACUCAAAUGGCAACAAACUCACAAGCGUGUAUAAACUAAACGUAUCAGCAGACAUUAAACAAACUAAGAAAGUUAAAUAGACUCUAAAUAGUUUUAAUUUGAUGCUUAACAAUCGCAGGUGCGUGUAAUUGCGCGUUCAUAGAUUUUCAAUGUAAACGAAACUUUGCCGAAACUGUAAGUGUUCAUUAUUUUUUCACAUCCGAAACAUCUCUUUGAAGUGUCGUGCGAUUCACUCACUGCGCCUCAAGUCUGAAGAUCUGCUCUUUUCCUUCGGUUCCUUUUGCGAUUCUUCAAAGAUGACGAAGGCAAUGCGAAAAAUCUAAUCAUUGGAGGCUACCGCUGAUAACUCGAAAAGAAAAUGCAAUUAUUGGUCAUUGGUACGGUUGCUUCUAUCACGUUCAAAUUUUCAGACGCUGAUGUCUCACCUCUUUUCAGGAAAACCAAAGGCACUCAUUUAAUUUAUUUGGUCACUAAUAGAGGAUACAGCUCACUAAAGCUGAGCGUUUUGUUACAGGUAUACAUAUUGCAACGCAUUAAAACACAAGAAAAGCC